UGAUCCGCAUAAAAAGCGAGUCUUUGCGAAGCAAUUGAUGUUUUUGUUUCUGUAAAUUUUUUUGCAUCAAUCAAAGUUUUUCACAAAGAAAAAAAAACAAAGAUGGUUCAAGCUUGGUACAUGAAUGAUAAUGACAAUGAAGAUCAACGUAGUGAACGACAUUUAUCACCACCAAAUUAUAUUGAUAUUGAUGAAUUGAAAACAAAAACUGGUAUUCUUUAUUGGAAUAUCGAUGCAGAUAAUUAUGAAAAUGAUGAAAAUUUUCAAAAAAUUCGUCAAGAACGUGGUUAUGAUUAUCAAGAUAAUCUCGAAAUAAGUAAAACAAAAAUUGAUGAUUAUGAGAAUAAAUUGAAAAUAUUUUUCACCGAACAUCUUCAUUCGGAUGAAGAGAUACGUUUCUGUUUAAAUGGUAGCGGCUAUUUUGAUGUUCGUGAUCGCGAUGAUCGUUGGAUUCGAAUCAAAAUUGGAAAAAAUGAUCUAUUAAUUUUACCAGCCGGUAUAUAUCAUCGUUUUACAUUAGAUCAUAAUGAUUAUAUAAAGGUAGUAAGAUUAUUUACUGGACAACCAUGUUGGACAGCUAUAAAUCGUCCGGCUGAUGAUCAUCCAUCACAUCAAUCAUGGAUUAAAUUGGUUGAAGCAAUCAAAUGAUUUAAUUUUUAAAAAAUAAUAAUGCUUUUUAUUUUUGUU